GGGGUUACUAAAAUACAAAUUACAACUAAAAUAAGUUCAAAUAAAUUUUGUAAAGUUCGUUAAUAUCAGAUAAAUAAAAAUCAGGUGAAUAGAACACCCCUAAAUUACUCUACACGUCUAAGUCGGUCUAUACAACCCUCCAAAAAAAACUGAACGUUUUGGCGCGAAAACAUAGUCCCCAAAUUCCAGAUAGACGAAAAUGGAGGGAGCUAAAAGUCCAAAGUAAUCUGCAUAUUCAGCAAAACCCGAACUCUAUCAGAAUUUUGCAAGAAAUUGAUUGCGAGUUUUGAAGUAUCGGAAGAAAUGCAGAAAAAGAUUGAAUCAUUCUUCAAACACUCAUCAAAUCUUCCUCCAUCUGCAAAUUCCGACGAUUUAUUCGACGGAAUUAGGGCACCUAAGUGCCCAGAAAUUCGAAUCAAAUACACUCGUCAACCCACCAGGGUUGAGGAAUCGACAAGUGAUGGGAUAAUUGGGGAAGAAAGUUUCGAAGAGCAAAUCGAAAAGAGUGAGAAAUUUAAAGGAAAGAAUUUGAAUAAGAAGAGAAAGUAUGCCCAAUUUCAUUUGGAAUUGGGUCAGUCUGAUUUUCUUCUUCAUACUUGUAAAGUUUGUGGGAUUCAGUAUACUAAAGGGGAUGAAACUGAUGAGAAAGUUCAUACUUCAUUUCAUAAGAAUUAUACUCAUGGAAUCCCAUUUAAGGGUUGGCGCCAAGAGCGAUUGAUUCAUUUACCGGUUCUCGAAAGGGAUCGUAUCGUAGUUGUUUCGAAUUGUGAUCCUUCGGCUCAAAUGAAGAAAGUACAAGAAGUUGUGAAGAUGAUGGAGAUUGAGCUUGGUGAUGGGUGGAUUUUCCAUGAGCUUUGUGAGGUGUAUUUGUUUAUAUCCUCACAAAGAGUCGCUGGCUGUAUGAUUGUGGAGCCAAUAAGCACGGCACACAAGCUCCUUUCGGACUCGGUACAACAAUUAUCAGAUAGUGCAAGUGGAAAAGAAGUAAUACCUAAAGCAAAGACAUUGCAGUUUGGUACGAUAUGCUUUCAAAGGGAAGUUUCUAGGAAAGGCUCUACCCAUAAAAGCUCGGAAGCUAUGGAUUCUACCUUACUGGGAUCCAUUGUCUGUGAAGAGGAGGCUACACCUGCUUCUUGUGGCAUUAGAGCUAUUUGGGUCAGUCCAUCAAAUCGAAGAAAACAUAUUGCAACUCACUUGUUAGACGCUGUGAGGAAAAGCUUCUCUACAGACUAUGUUCUUGAGCACUCGCAGUUAGCAUUCUCUAAUCCAACCACAGCAGGAAAGGCAUUGGCAACCAAUUAUACUGGUACAGGAUCUUUUUUGGUGUACAAAACGUAGUAUACAACUAUUAAAUAUAUACUCCAAUGUAUUUGUUGUAUUAAAGCUUGUAAGUUUCGAAAUCACACCAGUUUAGCUACUGAAUAUCUUGCAAACAUUUUAUCUUUGCAUUCUGCUAAUUACUUAUCUUUGUAGCCAAAUUACCAGACUCAGGAACCAAAUUACAAUCCAACAUUUAUUCAGCUUAAGGAUGCAUUAUAUAUAACCAGACAGUAAAAUCUCCUUGAUA